AUACUGCACUGUGGAUACAGCUGCCGGAAAGUGUUAAGUCAUUUAUUAAUUCCUCUUUGAGCUGUUCUCACAAUAGGCUCUAAAACGCUUUUCCUGGCAUCAAGAUGAACACGAGUCAGGUGAAUGCUUCACUCAAGUGUGAGAGGGACACUAGAGUAACGUCUGUACUCUUCCCUUGCCUGUAUGCGGCUCUCUUUCUGGUGGCUUUGGUGUUGAACAGUCUGGCCGCAUGGAUUUUCUUCCAAAUACGCAGCAGCUCAACAUUUGUCGUGUACCUGAAGAAUGUAGUUGUGGCCGAUCUAUUGAUGACCCUUACUGUGCCUGUGAAGGCACUGACCGAUGCGGGCUUGGGUUCCUGGCAGCUCCGGGCUUUUCAUUGCCAGUACUCAGCUGUGCUCUUCUAUACCACUAUGUAUAUAAGCAUCAUUCUCCUCGGACUCAUCAGCUUGGACCGGUACCUAAAAAUUGUGCAUCCCUUUGGGAAAUGUGCUCUUCAGAAGGUCAGAGUUGGUCAGAUACUGUGUGCAGUUAUCUGGGUGGUCAUGUUGUCACUGGCUCUGCCAAACGUUAUCCUGAGUAACCACAUGCCACAGAUUUCCUCUGGUGCUAAGCUGCGAUGCACCAAGAUGAAGGGGAAGAUGGGACUCAUGUGGCAUGAAGGCUUUAACUACUUCUGCCAGGUUGUUUUUUGGGGUACAUUAGCACUUAUGGUCAUCUGCUACACCUUCAUCAGCAGGAAAGUGUUUGAAUCAUACCGUGCGUCACAAAGCAGCAGUGACACAGCCAGCAAACAGACCACAUCUAAGGUGUUUGUGGUAGUGGGUGUUUUCUUUGUUUGCUUUGCACCCUUCCACCUGGCCCGGGUCCCUUACACCCUCAGCCAGACCCGCAACACCUCUGCCCAGUGCUGGGCCCAAAACCAGCUGUACUACACCAAAGAGAUCACGCUCUGGCUAUCAUCUACUAACGUGUGCCUGGACCCUCUCAUUUAUGUCUUCCUGUGUCGAGUCUUCCGCAAGAAGCUCACAGCCACGCUGGGCCGGCACCCGUUCCCACACGGCUCUCUGACAGAGACUUCCACCAAACUAGAGAUGCCCAACAGAGCCCACUGCAACGCCCUCCACGAUUCAGCUGGUCAUUAACAGCUUUCUCCUCACACCUGCCAAAAAUGUAUUGUGUAUAUAAAUAUACAUAUAAAGGAACUGUUCAGUUCAUUGAAUGUUACAUGGUACAUAGGUGUCAGAUCAACAUUUCCAGGGUUAUUUUUCCUGUCUGCUUCAUUAUCAGAAACCACAGCAGUUUCAAUAUCCUUUCUAGUAAUCUUGCCCUUACAGUCUCCUCUUCCUGUGAACAGCGAGGCAGAACGUUUAUUCAACUGAAAGCUGGUAAGAGUGUAACCUUAAAUUUUAUACAAUGCAUUCUAUAAUAAUAAAAAAACAUAUAUUCAUAUAAUCUACAUAUUGUAAACAACAUAAAAAGGGAGAGAGAGGUUUUUUGAUUCAAAACAUAAUUUUCAGCUGGAGUGCAAAGACUAACACUUCAACAGUUGUGAUUACAGUCUGGAGUCACUAGAGGGCCCUGUCCUCUGAACACAGUGACACACAUGAGCUGAAGGUGUUAGAAAAAACACAGUGUGUCAUGAGUCUGUCCAGCUCAAUAUCUCUGAUCGCUCUAUUAAUCAACAGAGCUAAAAAAUAGAAAGAUCAUGCAGUUCACAGCCCUGGCAUAGAAUUUCAGCACACAACAUGUGACUCAUGGAGAUAUACAUGUAUGCAAACAAAACCAGCACUAAAUCCUUCAGGGACCAGAUUCUGUUUAGAGUCAAUGAUGUGUGCUGACAGUACCUUAAAACAUAACCUAUAUACAAACACACACACACACACACGCAUGUAUGAAUGCAUCAUGUUUGAGAGUAGAUGUUGGGUUGUGUAUUGACAGACGGUUGAGGGAGUGUGUGUGUGUGUGUGUGUGUGACAGAUGAGCUCUGCUGGAUGUUCUCACACACACCUCCUUCAGUAGACUGAUAACAGAGACCAGCUCUCUUCUGUACAGAAAUCAAUGUCGGGGAGUAACUAGAUACAUACAUUUAAUUGCAAAAUAAAUGUCAUUGUAAUUAAAAAAUGUAAUUAAUGUAAUUAAAUUGUAGAUAAUAAAUAUUCAUGAUUACAAAGGGGAUUUAAACUUUUUCACACACAUAUAGAUUUAAUUAAUGUAUUUCAUAAAUAGCAUUGAUUGCUCUAAAAUACAAGAGAGCAAUGUUCCAGGAGUUAAGGACACAUGAUAAGAUGCAUGCUUAUUCAAUAACUAUUAUAAGUCCAUUGUGGACUUAUGUAUGCUUUAUUUUUAAGAACAUUGUUAGAUGCCAGUGUUUCCUGUCAGAGCUAUGCAAAGAUUCGAUUUUUAAAACAGUUAUUUUAAUAACUAUUUAUCAUUGUUAUUUAACUACUUCUUGUUAUGGUUUCAAUGAUUUUAUGACCUGUAUUUAACUCCAGAAGGAUCUCAAAGUAACUUCUGAUUUUGUGGUGACUGUGCCUUCAGUACUGUGUUUGAAAAAUAAAUGAUCUUAAUCCAAGUGAUGAAGGACUUCUAAAGUUGUGUGCUCUUCUGUAGCAUUUACCCUGCCUGCUUUAAAUGUUUCAAAAUGAUCAACAGCUGAAAAUAUUAGAAAUUGGUAACUAACCUUCCCAACAUUGACAAAUAUAAUGUUAUAACUUUGUCUGAACGAUGCCUUUACA